UUUGUUGAUGUUGCAGGCAAUGAGCCUCUUGUAAUAGCCCGUGGUGGUUAUUCGGGACUCUUCCCUGAAGGCUCUCCAGACGCCAUUACAUUGGCACGAGACAUCAGCAUCUUAUUUUGCAAUCUUCAGUUGUCAAAAGAUGGCGGGGCCUUUUGCAUCACGGGAUCUACACUUGACAAUGGAACAACUAUAGAGUUCUUCGAUCCUAAGGAAAGUACCUAUAAUAUUAAUGGGAAGGACGUGAAAGGACACUUUUCAGUGGAUUACAAUUCCGAACAGAUUGGCAUGAAUGUAUCAGUGAUUCAGGCCAUAUUUUCACGACCCAGUGCUUACGAUGGUCUUGAUCCAAUUCUCAACCUUGAUAGUCUGCUGAGCACGAAAAACCCCCCCAGGUUUUGGUUGAAUGUUCAGAAUGCAGCAUUCUACCAAGAAAAGGGAGUAAAGGUGGAAGAUAUUGUUUUGGAAUUAUUGGAUUCCUAUCGAAUAGAAUUUGUUUCAGCUUCAGAUAUGGGCUUCUUGAAGAGUCUCAGUCAGAAAUCUAACAAUACCAAGGUCGUCUUUCAACUUCUUAACGCUAAGGAUGUCGAACCUUCAACCAAGAAGCCAUAUGAAAGUAUUAUAAAGGAUAUUGCUACAAUCAAGUCAUUUGCAUCAGGCAUAAUAGUCCCAAAAGAUUACAUAUGGCCCAUUAAAGCAGACAAAUAUCUGGGACUUCCCACCACAGUUGUGGCUGAUGCCCAUAAAUCUGGACUAGAAGUCUAUGCUUCUGGUUUUGCUAAUGAUUUUUUUGCUAGCUAUUCUUAUAACUAUGAUCCUACCGCUGAGUACCUUCAAUUUUUCGACAAGGGAGAUUCUGUUGAUGGUGUUGUCACCGAUUUCCCAUCAACAGCAUCAAAUGCAAUAUUUUGCUUUUCACACAACAAUACCUUGCCCAAAAAAGGACCAACUUUGGUCAUAAGCAACAAUGGUGCAAGCGGAAUUUAUCCAGGCAGCAGUGAUCUUGCAUAUAAGCAAGCAAUAGAUGACGGUGCUGACAUUAUAGAUUGUUCAGUUCAAAUGACAAGAGAUGGCAUUGCCUUCUGCUCAAAUAGCUCAGACCUAGGCCCAGAUACCAACGCAAUGACUAAAUUUAUGUCUCGAUCUUCCAAAGUCCCAGAUAUUCAACCAAAAUCUGGAAUAUUCUCCUUUGACCUUUCCUGGAGUGAGAUUCAGAAAUUAAAACCUCAUAUUGUUAAAAACGGCGAUUUCCAAAGAAACCCUGCAAACAAAAGCAGCGGUAAAUUGAUCACCCUACAAGAUUUUCUGGAGUUAGCCAAGACAAAGGCAGUUCCUGGCGUUUUGAUAAACAUUCAGAAUGCGGCGUACCUUGCAUCAAAAAAGGGUCUUGACAUUGUGGAUGCUGUUAGCAGUGCCUUGAAAAACGCCACCUUCGACAAGCAACAAGUCCUGGUUCAAUCAGAUGACAGCUCGGUCCUAUCUAAGUUUAAAGAUAACCCGUCUUACAAAAGGGUACUAUUUUUGAGUGAAAAGAUUGGUAGCGUGCCCAAAAAAACAGCGGAAGAGAUAAAAAAGUAUGCGGAUGCAGUGAAUGUUCCAAAAACCUCUGUUAUCGAAGUAUAUGCCUCUUACUUGUAUCGAUUGACCAAUGUUGUUAAGGAGUUGAAAGAUGCAAACCUCACAGUAUUCGUCCGUACACUUAAAAAUGAAUACACAUCACUGGCAUUCGACUACUGGUCAGACCCUAAUAUCGAGAUUGCUACUUACAUCCAGACUGCUAUGGUUGAUGGAGUAGUCACCGACUUUCCUGGCACUUCGAGUAGAUUCGUCUGGAGUCCCUGUAGCGAUAUUAACAAUCAAUUUGCUAUCUUACCGGCCAGACCUGGUGAUCUACUGAAAACUAUCCCAGCCCAGGACCAGCCACAAGCGCAGGCACCACUUCCUCCUCUUCAGGUUGCAAACGUUGUUGAUCCACCUCUUCCUCCAGUCAGCGACGCUUCUAAACCGGCUGAAACUCGGCCUGCUGAUGAUGCUACACCUGCUGAUGAUGCUACACCUGCUGCCGACGGUCCUGCAGCUUCAGCCGCCACGGCAGAGCUUGCUAACUGUGGCCUCUCAGCUGCCAUUUUGGUGCUUGCUACGCUCUUGCACAGAAAUUAAUGUGAUAAA